AUGUCCCAGCCCAAUCCCAAUGAACGGAUCCAAGUGGAUACAAGCGAUGAAGAUUCUGUAUGCGACGCAGACUCUAUUGUGGAUUCUACUCUUUCCAUAACUUCCUCCGUCCGUGACUAUUACUACGAAAAUGGCCGUCGAUACCACGCCUACCGCCAGGGUCUAUACCCCCUGCCCAACGACGAAGAAGAACAGGACCGACUCACCUUCAUCCACCAUCUCUUCCGUUUGCUAAUAGGUGGCGACUUAUACCGUGCUCCGAUCACUCGUUACGGACGGCCGGAGCGCAUUCUCGACAUCGGCACGGGAACGGGAGUCUGGGCCCUGGAAAUGGCGGAAGAUUUCCCCGACGCUGAGAUCGUAGGGACGGAUCUAAGUCCCAUCCAGCCGAACUUUGCGCCGCCGAAUUGCCGGUUCUUUGUUGAUGAUGCUGAGAGCGAUUGGGCUUUCACGCAGGACGAGGCGUUUGAUUAUAUCCAUGUGCGGGCUUUGUGCGGGGGCAUUGCGGACUGGAAGCGGUUUCUGCAGCAGGCGUAUAAUCACCUGAAACCGGGUGGGUGGGUGGAGGUGCAGGAGUACGAGGCUUGGGUGUGGUCGGAUGACGGGACGCAUGAGCACGCUGUGAAGCUUCAGGAGUGGCAGAAACUACUGGAUAGCUCUAGCCUGAUGUUUGGGCGACACAUGAAUAUAGCGCCUGCUCUUGCUGGAUGGAUGCGGGAAUCGGGGUAUGCCAAUGUGACGGAUGACAUUUACAAGUGCCCCGUCGGUUCAUGGCCCAAGAACCCCCGAUUGAAAGAGAUCGGACGGGUGGGCAAGGUGACACUAUACGACGCCAUUGAGCCUUAUACCCUGGCUCUGUGGACACGGGUUCUGGGUUAUUCCUCGCAGGAAGCUCAGGAAUGGGUGGACCAGGUUCGGGCGGAGUUGCUCAAUACCUCGUUGCAUACCCAUGUGAUGUUUCAUUAUGUAUAUGCGCAGCGGCCGGUGGACGGGUGA